CUGCUUGUAUAUUAUAACUAAAACUGCUGCACUAUUUUGAAAAAUUAUACUUUGGACACAAGCUCAUUAGUUUGAGAGAACAUUUGAGAGUUAUAGAUAUCUGGUACCUAUAUAUGUACGAAUAGAGUUUUACAUUAUAAACGAUGUUUUAUGUUUUGAAAUGGACAUUUUACCCAAGUGCAACGGAUUGGAUUCAUCUCGCGAUCUCUAUUUCAUUAAAGAGAAUGCAUCCAAGUGCCAUGCAGAUUACAUCAAGGAAAAGGAUGUCACCAUCAGCUAACGAUGGAGAUGGUGAAUGCAGUGCCACCGCAAACACACCAUGUGAUCCUCCUGUAAAACAAUCAAAACUUGAGGUCCUCCCACCCGAUAAACAACCUGAUUGGUCUGCUUGAUGAUGACAUCACACAACUGGGGGUUUGCAUCAAGUUGCCUUAUAAUUUUAAGUUAAGUCAACUUUUCUUUUCUUAGUAAGACUUGUUUCUCAUCCCUAAAACUAAAAUAGGUCAAGGGUUAGGUGUGAAUUGGUCAGCCACUUUAGCACACACAGGCCUCUGUCUUAAGAAGGCUGAAAAACUGGUUCUGGUAGUAUUACAGUAGCUUUAUAUGAUAAGUUUUGCUGGUUAAAGGUCACAUCAGGCCCAGGUGUGAAUUGGUCAGUCACUUUAGCACACACAUGCCUCUGUCUUAAGAAGGCUGAAAAACUGGUUCUGGUAGUAUUACAGUAGCUUUAUAUGAUAAGUUUUGCUGGUUAAGGGUCACAUCAGGCCUCUGUGUUAAGAAUGCUCUGUCUUCAUUCAUUUUUACAUUUGUAAUCUUUGGUGUGUCAGCUUUGUCUCACAGCCAGAAAUCUGACCGUCGCAUUGUUCACUGCCUGCUGUGUGAAAAACCACAGGAAAUGCUGACGACGCACCUGAGCAGGGUCUGCAUGAAAAAUAGUACACCCGAAGAACGGCUGGAGGAGGCGAACAGGGCCAAGGAGUCCACCAAGGUGUGGACACGGGAAGCCAGAAACUGGGACUACAAGGAGAUGGUUAAAUGUUACCCCCACAGACCAUCUAGGCUGGCUCUUCUGGAAGAGCUGCGCCAAAGAAAGACUUUCGUGGCCAAUGCUCCUAACCAGGCAGACCUGGAACCCGAAGAGCCGUCCACCAGCACAGCUGUCGUUCCCACAGCCAGUGGCCUUUCUGGAGCAGCCGGGGGCAGCUCUGAAGCAGCUGGUGGUGUCUUGGUUUCAGAGGACAGCAGCUCUGAAGGCAGCACCACCGAUCCAAGUGACCGAACAUGGCAAAGAGAUCAAGCGCAGCCGAGUGCAGGUGUCCGGGUCAAAAUGAUGAACAUGGGGCUCUAUCAAAAAUUCCCUGCAGAAGAGGCCAUGUUGACAGACUUCAAUGGCUACUUGAUCAACACCCUGCAGGUCACAAACUGCCAGCAGGUGAUAGACAACGUCUCCAGGAUGCUAAGAUACAUCCAGCCAAGAGGGGAUAAAGUCACCUUAGACUUCCUGCUAAAGUCCACUGAGACCAAGGACUUCCUCACCCAACUCCGGCACACUGACAUGGGCCCAGCCACCAUACUGAACUACAUCAAGAACAUGAUCCGGUUUGUUCAGUAUCUGAAGACCCACCUCAACUUGGUUGCAGCAGAUGCUGACUUCUACAGGAAGUGCCAAGCCUACAUCGACCUCCUCACUUCCCUCGGAAAGCCAGUUUCCAAGUCGAACAGCAAGGUCACUUGUAAAAUCAGGUAUGAAUGGUUCCUUGAAGGUGAGAAGAGCCUUCAGGAGUGCCAGGCAGUCCUCCGGAAGGCCAAGAAAGACAUGCUGUCCAUUUAUGGGAGGAUGCUGGAAGGUGACCACGUGGCUUCAGAGGAAAAGACCAUUUUCCGUUACUACUGUGAAGCAAUCCUGAUCCUCGGCCACUUCCAGAGACCAGGAGCGGUGGAGAGACUAACUGUAAGUGGUUUAGACCUCAGUUUUUGUGGGGGCAUCAGCCUAAACAGAUUAUAAGAAGCACCAAACCAUAAACCAGCCAGGAGAACAUGCCUACUUCUCAUAUCUGGGGAAAGUUCAUUAAUUACUACUUGGAUUGGCCAAAUGUGAAAAGGAGAAGACUUAAAAAUAGGGACACCAUCAACAUUCCAUGUAAGUGAAAGGAUAAAUUGAUUUGGAUAAUUCAAGGGACCUACUGACUUAUACAUUUCACCAUCAUAUAUGUCUUGAACACUGUCUGGAUUGCUUUUGACUCUGGUCCAUUUGUAAUUCACUGCUGCUGUAAAUGUCGAAUCUGACAUUUUUUCUUCCAGUUGUUUUCUUAUGGACAAUUUCAUGAAAAUGUCACCAGAUUCAAUAAGAGAGCUCUUAUCCCCAGGUUCAGAACCACAUGAAUCACAAUUGGCUGGGAUUUCAUUACCAAAGUAUUGAUGACAUGUAGGGCAGAUGUACACAAUUUCAAAUGAAUUAUAAUCAAAUUCCUUUAAGAACUUGUAAAGACUAUUCGGUGCUCCAUUGGUUCCUUCUGGGCAGUGCAGGUUAAUUAGGUCUAAUAAGUCACCAAGAGCAGAUUUUGUUGUAGUGUGCCUAAGAGCAUAGCAUAAAAUAGCCAGUUGCGAUUCUUCAUUACUAAUCUUAGCAGUGGGAUAGAUCUUGUCUUGCGUUGUUUUUGGGUUCUCUCUAUCGUAAUUCUGUGUGUUGUCAUAUGCUUCAGCAUCCAUCUGCAAGAAAGUCAGAAAUGUAUCCAUUUAAACAUGACAACUUAUUUUGUACACAUACACUACA